UACAUUCCACUGAGCUCAACUAGAUAACCAGAUAGCAGAAAAGGAGGCUUCUUUGGAGCAUUCCAUCCCCUUCAUCUUCCUCCUCUUAAAUCGCGAGCCAUCACCAUGUCAAUGGCCUUGUUUUCCUCGUCUCCUCCUCCGCCCACCACCCUCUCCGCCCUGUCUCUCAAGCACCGCCUCUCCUUCAGAACCCAACUCGCUCUUUUCCCCAGGAAAGCCCCCUCCUUGUUGCUACCUAGGUCCACCGACAACGGUGCAGGGGUGGUGAGCUCUACAGCGACUGUGGCGGAGGAGGAGGAGAAGGAUAAGUUGGAGGAGAAGAAGGAAGAAACGCCUCCCCCAGCUGCCGCGGAAAAGGAUGUGGAGAGUAAGCAACAAUCUCUUCUUGGCUCCAACGGCGCUGCGGCAAGGGGGGAGGAGGUGCUGCCGCCCAAGUUCAAGGACCCCAGGUGGGUCGGGGGAACGUGGGAUUUGAAGCGGUUUCAGAAGGAUGGGAAGACAGAUUGGGAUGCGGUGGUGGAUGCUGAGGUUAGGAGAAGAAAAUGGCUUGAAGAAAAUCCAGAAGCAUCAAGCAAUGACGAGCCUGUGAUCUUUGACACAUCAAUUAUCCCAUGGUGGUCAUGGGUCAAAAGGUUCCACCUCCCUGAAGCUGAACUACUCAAUGGUCGUGCCGCGAUGAUUGGAUUUUUCAUGGCUUAUUUUGUGGAUAGUCUGACCGGAGUAGGUCUUGUUGAUCAGAUGGGGAACUUCUUCUGCAAAACUCUACUGUUUAUAGCUGUUGCAGGGGUGCUGCUUAUAAGAAAGAAUGAAGAUAUUGACACACUAAAGAAGCUUCUUGAUGAAACAACCUUCUACGACAAGCAGUGGCAAGCAACUUGGCAGGAGGAUAAAAGCUCUAGUGAUUCAAAAGCUAAAUAGUCGCUGGAUUUUCAUUCACAACAUCUUUUUUUCUUUUGUUCUAUGCCUACCAUUUUCCAUUUCUAGUGAUUUGUCAUAGUAAUAUUCUGGAUAUGAGCAAUGUCAAAGUUCUUUCUCCAUGAAGACUAGUGUGCCCAAAGUUGAAUUUGAAAUGCAUCCUCAUUUUGAAGAA